GUAAAGAUAGAUCAGGGAGUAGCAUCAAUUUCCCUCUAUUCCACUCAGACCAGGGAGUAGCAUCAAUUUCCCUUUAUUCCACUCAUAUGCUUACAUCAUUCUUUCAUUUCAACUUGCUCUAUAAAAAUCUAAAACCAAUUCUUCUAUUCACAAAUAUAUCCUUCUUUUAGAAAACCAAUCUUAACAUUUUGGUGAGCCAUGGGUCAGCCAUCUCAAGGUAAGGGGCCAAAUGAACCUUUGCUAGAAUCGGAAGCACCAAUAAUAUUGUUGGCGGCGGAGCAAAUUAGCUCUGAGCUUGAAGAAGUCCUAUCGGACACAAGCUUGUCACGUAUUCAGCGGUUUAGAAAAGCCUCCGUAAUAGAAUUGAGAAAUCUAUUCCGUCUAGCAGCUCCAGCCAUCAUUGUUUACUUGCUUAACAAUGUUACAUCCAUGUCCACACAAAUUUUCUGUGGCCAUCUUGGAAAUCUUGAACUUGCUGCUGCUUCCCUUGGUAACAGUGGCAUUCAACUUUUGGCCUAUGGUGUCAUGCUAGGCAUGGGAAGUGCAGUGGAGACUUUAUGUGGGCAAGCAUAUGGAGGUCACAAGUAUGAAAUGCUAGGAAUAUAUCUCCAAAGAUCAACCAUCCUUCUUAUGUUGACAGGAAUACCACUAAUGGUGGCUUACUUAUUUUCUGAGCCAAUCUUGAUUUUACUAGGACAAUCCAAGAAAGUUGCAUCUGCAGCAGCACUAUUUGUCUAUGGUUUAAUUCCACAAAUAUUUGCUUAUGCUGCUAACUUCCCUAUCCAAAAAUUCUUGCAGGCUCAAAGUAUUGUUAAUCCUAGUGCAUAUAUAGCUGCCGUGACAUUAAUUUUUCACCUUUUUUUAACAUGGCUUGUGCUUUACGUAUUUAAUUGGGGAUUGUUUGGAGGAGCAUUGGUUUUGAGUAUUUCAUGGUGGAUAGUUGUGAUUGCACAAUUUGUAUAUAUUUUGUGGACGGAUCGAUGUAAGAAAACAUGGACAGGAUUUAGCAUGCAAGCAUUUUUUGGAUUGUGGGAUUUCUUCAAGUUGUCAAUUGCUUCAGCCGUCAUGUUAUGUUUAGAGACUUGGUACUUUCAGAUUUUAAUUUUAAUUGCCGGUUUGCUUCCAAAUCCUGAAGUAGCAUUGGACUCCCUUGCUGUUUGUACGACAAUUCUAGGGUGGGUGUUCAUGAUAUCCGUUGGUUUCAAUGCAGCAGCAAGUGUGAGAGUGAGCAACGAGCUAGGAGGUGGACAUCCAAAAUCAGCAGGAUUUUCUGUUGUUGUGGUGACAGUGAGUUCAUUUGUCAUUUCUGUAGUGUUUGCCAUUUUGGUUUUAUUACUCCGCCAUGUGAUGAGCUAUGCCUUCACUGGUGGACAAGUCAUUGCUGAAGCAGCCUCAGAUCUUGCCCCACUCUUGGCUCUAUCUCUAAUACUCAAUGGUAUUCAACCUGUUUUAUCUGGGGUUGCUGUUGGGUGCGGAUGGCAAGCGUUUGUGGCUUACGUUAACGUUGGAUGUUACUACGUUGUUGGCAUUCCAUUGGGUGUUAUUCUCGGUUUUUAUUUCAAGCUCGAAGCCAAGGGGAUAUGGUUGGGGAUGUUAGGAGGAACAGCUAUGCAGACUAUCAUCUUAUUGUGGGUCACCUUUCGAACGGAUUGGGAGAAAGAGGUGGAGAAAGCAAAGAGUCGGUUAAAUAUGUGGCAAAACAGUAGUAAAAAACCAUUGUUAAGUGAUUGAGAAGGAGCCCAACAUUUACCAAUAUGUUGAAGUUGUUUUGGAUUAUCGAUUUAAAAGUUAAAGGUGAAAAGGAAGGUACCCCAACAACUAUUAAUAACGUUUUAUUUAAAAAAUAAUAAUGAUGACACUACAACAGUUUUAUUAUAUUUCAUUAGCGAGCACGAGACUUGUAACCUGUACCAAAGCACUACCUAUGGCUAAAAGUAAUCUCUUUUAUCCUCUUUCUAAAA